UUUCUUCUUUCUCUCUUCCUCCCAGCCUUAGAGUGAUUUCACCCUGCAUAGGUGGGUUUUGGGGUCCUUCCCUGUCCCAAUUUCUGUUUUCUCAUAGGAACAAGACAGGAUGGUAGGGACACUCCCAAUCCCACUCGGGUUUAAAACCAGCCUUAAACUAUAUGAAGCAUAACAUUGAUCUUAUAAGAUGUUAUUGUGGGCUCAUCUUGAAGGUCUUCACAGCUUUUCCAUGUGAUAAAGGAGACAAUAAUGUCCAACCUUUUUUUAUAGCUUAGUCACUACUUUAUUCUUCAACAGGUGCCACUAUGUAGGUUUUGGGAUGAGAUGUGCCUGGUUGACAGUGUGACCAGCUAUCUUGUUUUGGGCCUAGUAUUUGGUGGCUGGAUGCCAUGUGAUUAUUGACUUAUUGUCAUGAUGUUGAAAGACUACUUUAACUUUUACUAGCUUCGCUGGUGGCAUGCGAUGAUGGAGAGCACACGUGUAUGUCAAUUUGCUAGUUGAAUCUUUUAUAGAAUAAUUUUAGUCUUAUUUUAUAAUCUUCAUGUGAGUCAAACUACAGUGUGUUCAAAUUCUUAUAAUUAAUUUGUAAAUCUCUCCUGGUUAUGGUCUGUGGCCUAUCAAGUGUUUGUUUUCGCAUUUGCACUUAAGUUGCAUAGGUGAAAUGGGAGCAACAAAUGUCUUUGAAUAUAUAAAUGAUCCUUAUUUAUUUACAUGCAUGGUAUAUGCCAGAUUUUGUGAUAUUUGGCUGUUAUAUAGCUUGUUGAUUGUGGAGUUAUCUUGACGAUCAACACUGUUCUAUUAAUCUUGAACCACCAUUCUGUCUAAUGUUGUAUGAUUGACUGCUAUUUCAGAGACAUUUUAAUGCAUGCACUUGAUUCCCCUGGUAUCAGAAAUCUUUGGAAUUGAUUGCUGCUGAGUUGUCUUGAUGCAGAAAGUACCCAUUUGAAUCCUGGAUUUCUGCCUUUUUUCAUAACAUAUUUGGACUCCCAAACAUAAUGCCUUUGUGAUGUCUCGACAUUAUAGUGAUGGACUAAGAUAGGAAAUGAAAUGAUGCUGAAGUUGGACAAAUUAAUAGGAGAAGGUGACUCCAAAUCCCAUAAUUUUUGGGAAAUUAGAAAUCACCCUUUAAAUUGUUUUUGGCAUUUUGAAAUUACAGGGACGGUGGAUUUAGAUUCCUUCAUUUCAUCACUUUGUUAGUAUUCUCAACCUAUCAACUCAGACAUGUGAUGGGAGAUAUUGCGGAUUUAAGAUAAUCAAGCAUCCAUAAAGGGGCUUAGUUACAUUAGUCGUGGAGUACUAUGUCAGCCACCUUGAUAUUUGAUAGUUUCCAAUUUGCCUUUUUCAAGAUAUCCUGUUAAAGAAGGAAUCACCAUUCAAUCCUUUUCUGUAUGACCCACUAUUUUUCCACUACCUUCUGUUUAGUACCUCCUUAACUUUCUUCUACUUCAUAAUCAUUUGAAGUUGCCCUGACUGGAAGCAAUUUAGUCAGAAAUAGGGAGCACUAUCAUGUUUUUUCAGGCAUGGUAAAUGAGUUAUGUCUGGUACAGAUAUCUGCUUAACUUUUCUUAAUGGUUAAGAGAUAAUUUGUUGCUUCCCUAGUAAGGAGUGAUGCUAUAGAGUAGUGAAUUUUUGGUAAUUUAUCUAGGGCGAACUUCCUGUUUCUUUGUGACUUGCUGUUUGUUCAUCAUGCAUUUCGGAUGAAAUUGAGGAAGGAAAUGUUUGGGCUCUAAGAUGGUUGAAUACCUUUUUGGUAACUUGUUCUUGAAGUCUAUUGUUCUUUUUUUAUUGAUCGCUUCGCCUUUGUUAGUGCUGUAUGAUUGAUAAAGUUGUUCUACUGGUAGAAAUGGUCUCGGCAAUAUGAUUUUGUUUCAUCAUCGUCAUUGUUCUCUUUUAGUAGUUGAAAUUUUGCAUGGGCAGAUUGAAAUCUGAAAAAAACCAACAGAACUAUCAGCUUCAUUAAAUUAUUAAGGUGCUGGUCAGAGUGAUGAUCUGGAGAUUUAACAUUACAGACCCUUAUGUUGAUAUGAUCAUGGUUGAUGGUAUAUCUCUUCUUUGCAAUGACUUGCAGGUGGAUCCUCAAGAUAUUGUUAUGUUGGUUGUAUCUUGGCAUAUGAAGGCUGCUACAAUGUGUGAGUUCUCUCGGCAGGAGUUUAUAAGUGGAUUACAAUCACUUGGGGUAGAUUCAAUUGAAAAAUUUCGCGAAAAAUUACCAUCACUGCAUGCUGAGCUUAAAGAUGAAAAUAAAUUUCGUGAGAUCUACAACUUUGCAUUUGGUUGGGCAAAAGAUCAGGGUCAAAAAUCUCUGGCUUUGGAUACGGCGAUUGGCAUGUGGCAGUUACUGUUUGCUGAAAAGCAUUGGCCCUUGGUUGACCAUUGGUGCCAGUUCUUACAAGUGAGGCAUAAUAAGGCAAUCUCAAGGGACACUUGGUCCCAGCUAUUGGAAUUUGCUAAGACAAUCGAUCCUCAGUUAUCCAACUAUGAUGCAGAGGGUGCAUGGCCCUACCUUAUUGAUGAAUUCGUGGAGUACUUGUUCGAGAAUGGGAUUGUCCAGCGUAAAAAUUGAAAGGAAGUUGGAAGAUGAAUUGUGGCAUAGACAAUUAGCACACAAGCGUACAUCACUAUCAAUUUCUUUUCAGUAUUUGAAUUUUUUUACACCCACGGUAUGGCACUAGUUGCUCUUGAAUUCAAUCAGUUGCUCCAUUAGAGAAUCUUUAGCAUGGUGAUGGAAGAAAUGUUCUACUCUUCUGGCUGGCCAGUGAAUAUCCAAAUGGUAUUAGUGAUUCAUUGAUGUCUUGGUUAUCAUAUGGUUGAGUUUUAAUACUAUUUGGUAACUUUUUGGUGCAAGCUGCCUGUGAUUGGUUUUUUUGUAACGGAUGGUAACAUUUGCACAAUUGGGAUGAAAAAUAAGAGCUGUUGAUUUUAGAGAUGUUAA